AUGCGUAUUGCAUUUAAUGAAAGUGAAUUUUUGGACAAACUCAAUGGUGCUAAGUCUGAAGCAAGAAAAUCUUUUAAUGAUGAUGCAGUUUUACUUGAAAAAUUUAUUCAACGUCCUCGUCAUGUUGAAGUACAAGUAUUUGGUGACAUGCAUAAAAAUUAUGUUUAUUUAUUUGAACGAGAUUGUAGUGUUCAACGACGACAUCAAAAAAUAAUUGAAGAAGCGCCAGCGCCUGGUCUUGAUUGGGCAACACGUAAAAAAUUAGGUGAAGCAGCUGUUAAAGCAGCUCGAGCGGUUAAUUAUGUCGGAGCCGGAACAGUAGAAUUUAUAAUGGAUGAAAAUCAAGAAUUUUAUUUUAUGGAAAUGAAUACACGUUUACAAGUUGAACAUCCAAUAACAGAAAUGAUUACUGGUACUGAUCUUGUUGAAUGGCAAAUAAAAGUUGCACAAGGUGAAGUUUUACCACUUAAACAAGAUAAUAUUAAAUUAAAUGGACAUGCAUUUGAAGCACGUAUUUAUGCUGAAGAACCCGAAAAUGAUUUCAUGCCCGGUAGUGGUCUUUUAACUUAUUUACGAACACCUCCGACUGGUGACGAUGGUAAAAUUCGUAUUGAAACUGGUGUUGUCGAAGGUGAUGAAGUAUCUGUGCAUUAUGAUCCAAUGAUUGCUAAAUUAGUUGCUUGGUCAACAAACCGAACAAGUGCAUUACAAAAACUUCGUAAUGCUCUACAACAAUAUUAUAUUGGUGGUGUGAAAACAAAUAUUCCAUUCUUAAUGUCUCUUUGCGAUAAUAAACAAUUUCAAUUGGGAAAUGUACACACAGAUUUUAUAAAAGAAAAUAAAGAUGCCUUAUUUCAUGUACAACAAGUAACCCCAACCAUAGCCGUUGCUGCUGCUUCGGCUCUUAUUAAUUCUCAACAACAAUUAAAAUAUAAUACAGACGGUGCACCAUCAUUUUUUACAACAUAUAACAGUCCUUUUCGUCCAAAUUUUUCACAAAAAGAAUUUUUAACAUUAAUCUAUGAUAAAAAAAAUUAUCAAUUUCAAAUAGAACGUAUUAAUAAUUCGAAAAUACUUGUUACUUAUGAAAAUACAACAUAUCCUGUUGAAAUUCGUUCAUCAACAGAUGAACUUAUUCUUCUUAUUGAUGGUCAUCAAUUUCGAUGUCGUAUUCAUAUUGAUGGUGAUACAUGUACAUUCUAUUCGAAUGUUAGUCGUUGUUCAUUUGACUUUAAAUUACCACAACCAUCAUUUCUUGCUCAACUCGCUGAAUUGGGUAUAGGUGGUGCUGUUGGUACAUCAGCUACAUCUGGUAAUCCAGUUGCGCCAAUGCCAGGUCUUAUUGAUAAAAUACUUGUACAAGAAGGUGCACAUGUUAUACAAGGACAACCAUUAGUAAUAAUGACUGCAAUGAAAAUGGAACAUGUUAUCAAAGCAAGUAAAAAUGGUACUAUCGCAAAAGUGAAUGCAACACUGGGAAAAGUGGUUAAAAAAGGCGAUAUUCUAUUAACAUAUGUUGCCGAUGAGAAAAUAUAA